AUAUUAUUGGCGACAGCGUGAUGGCGGGCUCCGCGCUGGACGAGUUGCCACGCUGGAGCUGGCUGCUGGGGUUCGACCUGCGGAGCGCCACGCUCAUCAUCGCCACCAUCGGCAUCAUACACCCGUCGGCGUACAUCUACUCGUGCAUCGUGCACCGCGGCUGCCUGUUCACGGCGGCGUGGCUGCUCGCCGCCGCCUGGUGCGCCUUCAGCGUGGCGCUGCUCGUGGGGAUCCUGCAAGGCUUGGCGCUGACGUACGAGUGCUGGGUGUGGUUCACGCUGGUGUUCGCGCCGCUCAUGAUCCUGCUCAUGGGGGCGCUGGCGGCGCACUGCUGCCUCCGCCUGUACGCCUCGCUCGCCGCCUUCUGCACGCCCGUGCUGGCCAUCGUCUUCUACUGGAUAACACUGUAUUUCGCGUUCGUGGUGAACAGCGAACGCAUGUCUCGGUUUUCUUGA